GUUCUGGCGCCACCGCCAAAGAGAUUCCCAGCUUCCUGCUCCUUCUCCGGACAGCGAUCCCCUGCCUCUCUCUCUCUUCUCCCUCUCUCUCUCCCCCCCUAUAAGUGGGUCUGCUCUGCUCAGUGUGCUCUCUCUACCAACCCACAUCCAUUUCCACCAUUUCCCAUCCUAUCAUCCCUCCCAGCUCGAGAUGCAGUACAAGAAUCUGGGCCGGUCGGGGCUGAAGGUGAGCCAGCUCUCGUACGGCGCAUGGGUCAGCUUCGGGAACCAGCUUGACGUGAAGGAGGCCAAGGCCCUGCUCCAGUGCUGCCGUGACCACGGCGUCAACUUCUUCGACAACGCCGAGGUCUACGCCAACGGCCGCGCCGAGGAGAUCAUGGGCCAGGCCAUCCGCGAGCUCGGUUGGAAGCGCUCCGACCUCGUCGUCUCCACCAAGAUCUUCUGGGGCGGCCCCGGCCCCAACGACAAGGGCCUCUCCCGGAAGCACAUCGUCGAGGGCACCAAGGCCUCCCUCAAGCGCCUCGACAUGGACUACAUCGACGUCAUCUACUGUCACAGGCCUGAUAUCUCGACUCCAAUCGAAGAGACGGUGAGAGCUAUGAACUAUGUGAUCGACCAGGGGUGGGCUUUUUAUUGGGGGACUAGCGAGUGGUCGGCCCAGCAGAUCACGGAGGCUUGGGGGAUUGCCGAGAGGCUCGAUUUGAUGGGACCCGUAGUUGAACAGCCGGAAUAUAAUUUGUUGUCUAGGCACAAGGUUGAGUCCGAAUAUCUUCCUUUAUACCAAAAUUACGGGUUAGGUCUGACUACCUGGAGCCCACUUGCAUCUGGUGUGCUCACAGGAAAAUACAGCAAGGGAACUAUUCCUCCUGAUAGCCGCUUUGCAUUGGAAAAUUACAAGAAUCUUGCGAGCCGCUCACUGGUUGAUGAUGUGCUGAAGAAGGUCAAUGGACUGAAACCAAUUGCAGAUGAACUCGGAGUUCCAUUACCUCAGCUGGCAAUUGCAUGGUGUGCUGCUAAUCCUAAUGUCUCAUCAGUCAUCACUGGUGCGACAAAGGAGUCCCAGAUCCAGGAGAACAUGAAGGCGAUUGAUGUCAUCCCCUUGCUGACACCUGCGGUGAUGGAGAAGAUUGAGGCCGUGGUCCAGAGUAAGCCGAAACGUCCCGAUUCGUUUAGGUGAACAUUGUGUAACGAUUCCAUCUCAAAUUUAAAUGAAUGCGGUGCCUAAUUUAAACCCCUAUGCGUUGCGAAUUGUAAGGCACCGCAAUUUCCAUGUUAGGGGGGAAAUAUGAGUUCAAAUUAGGUUCGUCUAUGAUAAGAUGAACCGUCAAAUCAGAAUGUCUGAGUGAAUAUGGUAUUAUCUAGAAUAAGAAUGUCCGGGCUUACUCCGGACUUGUUUUUUCCAGUAUUACCGACUAUUACUGAGAAAACGAGCAAUCUUUUCGAGAAAGCUUGCUUAAAAUUCUCUUGCUAUCA